AUGGGACGCUUUUCGGGAGGCUCCGUUUACAAGAUCGCUUCCAUCCCGAUACGUUUGCGUUGUUUAUUUCUGCUUGCCACAAUUUUCGUGGCAACUUUUCUAUUCUUGACGAUCAGAAAUAUCACAGAUAUUAAAAGUGAAUUUAUUACAACAUCUUGGAGCCAUGAUAAAGGUUAUGGAAGUUUCACAGAAAACGAUUACACAAUAAAAACAAAAGGAUGUGUUAUUCCCUCACUGGAACCAUUUGGUGACGAAGUUAAACAAUUUGCGAAAUAUCCGAAGGACUUCAAGCCUUGUCCAGGCCCCGAGCUUUCUUUACUUGGCAAUAACAGAACUCAUAUAUGGGUGAGAAAUGAUAAUAAAGAAUAUUACAAUAUUAUAAACGGAACACCUUUGAAUUGCUGUUAUACGUCUUUUUUUCGUCCCUUAUCAGUUGAUGAUAUUACUUCGUCAAACAUCGAUAAUCGUGUAAAGUAUAGUGAGUGUAAAUAUUUUUCUGAUAUGAUUAAAGCAACCGACGAAUUUGUACGAGUUAGUUGUUAUGUUUAUUAUACAAUAGUAUACCAACAAUACUUUUUAUUUACGUUUAAAAAAGAAGUUGCCAAUGAAUCUAAUGAUUUUUCACGGAAUAAAACAGCUUACAAUGUUAUUGUAAUGGGCAUUGACGCAGUGUCAAGACUUAAUUUCCACAGAACAAUGCCUGAAACUUUAUCAGUCCUAAAUCAAAAAGGGGCUAUAGAAUUAUUAGGAUACAACAAAGUUGGAGAUAAUACAUUUCCCAAUUUAAUACCUAUGUUAAUGGGCAUAUCGGAGAAUGAACUGAAAACUACAUGCAUUCCAAAUAAAAAAUCGACUUUUGAUAACUGUCCCUUCAUUUGGGAAUGGUAUAGAGAAGCUGGUUACUACACAGCUUUCGGAGAAGAUAGUUCAAGUCUAGGCACUUUCAACUAUGAAAAAGGCGGAUUUAUAAAAACACCUACAGAUUACUACAUACAUACUUUUAUGAAUGAAGCCGAACAUAACGUUGGUGUCAAUAAAGAUGUUAAUUCGUUUUUAUGUAUGAAUGAGAAAUAUUUCUAUACCGUGUUAUUGGAUUAUAUAGAAAAUCUUACUUUGACACUAACAGCAAAUAAUUUUUUUGGCUUCUUUUGGGAAGUAACGAUUAGCCAUGAUUAUGUAAACUAUCCUAUGCUAAUUGACAAAGACUAUGCCGAUUUUUUCAAAAAAUUAGACUCAAGUAAUUACUUGGACGAAACAAUAAUCUUCUUAGUCAGUGACCAUGGAAUAAGGUGGGGGGAGAUAAGAUCAACCAACCAAGGCCGGUUGGAGGAACGUUUGCCAUUCGUAUAUAUUUUAACACCUCCUAACUUUCGCAAAAAAUACAAAAAUGCUUUUGAAAAUCUAAACGUGAAUAGCCGUCGUCUUACUACACCAUACGAUUUACACGCCACGUUGUAUGAUCUUAUGAACUUGGAAAUAAUAGAAGAUAAAAUGAUUGACCUCAGAAGAAACCAAUCAAAUCUGGAAAGCAAGGGUAUUAGUUUAUUUUUACCGAUAUCGGUAAAUCGAACAUGUGCUGCAGCGCAUAUUGAUGAUCACUGGUGUAGUUGCCACAAAGGACAUCACUUGCCAACUAACAAUAAACAAUCUUUGGAUAUUGCUCAAAAAUUAGUUCAAGAAUUAAACAAGCUAUUAAAAAGUUACAGUCAGUGUGCACUUUUAAAAUUAGCGGAAUUGUUGGAAAUAACAGCAUUAGAAAUAAGUUUACCAGAAAAUGAUGAAAUUGAGUGGCGGGAAUAUAUGGUAGUAAUAAAAACAAUGCCAGGCGAUGGUUUAUUUGAAGGUACCCUUCGCCAUGACGGUCAUGAUAAUUGGUCAGUUAUAGGCACUGUCAGUCGCUUUAACCUUUAUGGCAACCAAAGUCGCUGUAUACACGAUUAUUUACUUAAACUUUAUUGUUACUGUAUAUAA